CCCGCCGCACCGGAGCGAUUCCUCUUCCCGUCGCCGCGCUCGGGGCCGGGGCGCACCGGCGGGGGGCGGCGGCGGCGGCGGCGGCUUCUCCUCCUCCGUCGUCUCCGUCCCCCCCGUCCGCCGCCGUCCGGGGCUCCCGCGGGGCUCGAGGCGCCGCCGCCGCGGCCCGACCAUGCUCCCCGGGGCGCCGCCGCCGCCCGCCGCCUUCCCCGCGGCGCCGCCGCAGCCGCCGCCGCCGCCGCCCGCCGCCCCGCACGGGCCGCCGGCGCCGCCGCCGCAGUUCCCGCCGUUCCCGGGGAAGCCCGGCCUCCAGAUCCGGAAGAAUGCCAUCACGGACGACUACAAGGUCACCACGCAAGUGCUGGGGCUCGGCAUCAACGGGAAAGUUUUGGAGAUCUUCAGCAAGAAGAGCGGCGAGAAGUUCGCCCUCAAGAUGCUGCAGGAUUGCCCUAAAGCCCGCAGAGAAGUGGAACUCCACUGGAGGGCAUCUCAGUGCGCGCACAUCGUCAGGAUCAUGGAUGUCUAUGAGAACCUUUACCAGGGAAGGAAGUGUCUGCUCAUUGUCAUGGAGUGCUUGGAUGGUGGGGAGCUCUUUAGUCGAAUUCAAGAUAGGGGAGACCAGGCCUUCACCGAACGGGAGGCUUCAGAGAUAAUGAAGAGCAUAGGGGAAGCCAUCCAGUAUUUGCACUCCAUCAACAUUGCGCACCGGGACGUGAAGCCGGAAAACCUCUUGUACACCUCAAAAAGGCCUAAUGCUGUGUUAAAACUCACCGACUUUGGCUUUGCUAAAGAAACUACCACACACAACUCCUUGGCCACUCCAUGCUACACGCCUUACUACGUGGCCCCGGAGGUGCUGGGCCCAGAGAAAUACGACAAGUCGUGUGACAUGUGGUCCCUGGGCGUCAUCAUGUACAUUCUGCUGUGUGGGUAUCCCCCCUUCUAUUCCAACCACGGUCUGGCCAUUUCUCCGGGCAUGAAGAAGCGCAUCCGAAUGGGCCAGUAUGAAUUUCCCAACCCCGAGUGGUCUGAAGUAUCAGAAGAAGUUAAGCAGCUGAUCCGCAACCUGCUGAAGACUGACCCGACCCAGCGCAUGACGAUCACGGAGUUCAUGAACCACCCCUGGAUCAUGCAAUCGAUGCAGGUGCCCCAGACCCCGCUGCACACCAGUCGCGUGUUGAAGGAAGAGAAGGAUUUGUGGGAGGAUGUGAAGGAGGAGAUGACGAGUGCGUUGGCCACCAUGCGAGUGGACUAUGAACAAAUCAAGAUUAAGAAAAUCGAAGAUUCCUCGAAUCCUUUGCUCAUGAAGAGGCGAAAGAAAGCAAACCCUGCUGAGCCAGCAGCACUCCCCCACUGAGGGUGCCCACGCCUGCUGGCCCUUGAGAAAGCAAUAACUAUAUAUAUAUAUUUUUUAAGAAAAAGACAAAAAGAGACAGACUGUUAUAUCAGGCGCAUGGAAUUGAGACAUUUAUACCAGACUAGUUAUUUUUAGCUACUCACCUGUGUUUCUGACCUUUCUGGAGCAGGCGAUGACAUAUCCCUGUAAGAUCCACAUGCUUCGACUGGGGGGUUUUUGUCCUGUAGGUAAACAACGCCGAUAAUUGGAUUUUUUUUCCGCCCCCUUUGUGAGACAGUUUUGGUUUUUUUUCCUUCCUUCCAAAGACCUGGAAAUUCCUGUGGUGACCUUUUUAGAGUAUAUGACAUAUAAAUAUUUUUUAAAAACUACUGUAGAGCUGAAACCCGGACAGCGUGGUCCCUUCGUGGCGCGCUGGGUGGAGACACAGGCUCCUGGCUUUGUACCUAGUGCGGACGUGGGAUGUGGUGGCCCGUCGGGCGGCCCCGGGGGCUGGGGCCGGGCUGUUCUCGGGCUCCGGCCCCUCUCCUCCCCAGGGCUGGGCUGGGAGGUCCCUGCCGAUGGUGCGGAUGUUCUUUGCUGGCCUGGAAAACUGCUACUGUUAAAGCAUCGUAGCAGAAGAGCUCCCCGGCCUGGAAGCCUUGGCUCUACCCAGGCGCGCGCGGGCUCUGCUCGAGCCCCUCGUGUGCGUGCGUCCGUGUUGCUGUCUGUCUGCGCGGGGCGAGCGCGGCGUCUGCGCGGCGGUGCGGGCGCGCGCCCCGUCUCCUCGCCGUGCCGUCUGCUGCAGUCUGUCCGUGUGCCUGCAAUUCAGUUCGAGUCUCAGGGCGUUUGGGGAGGAGGGAAGGGCUCGGCGCUGCCCCCGACGCGCGAUCCCCCCCCGCUCCUGGGAUCAGCCCGGCCGCCGCGGGGGCUUCGGAGAAACCUGCUGCCCCGGGAUGCUGCCGGGAGCCCCUGCGGCGGGAUGGGAUUCCCUGCCCCAAACCCGUCUCUUCUCGUCCGCAGGGACGUGGGAAAGGCGCUUCCCUGCUGCCUCCCCUGUCCCCUUCCCGCUUGCAGAAAGCUCCCGGGGUGCUGCAGGGUCUCCCCAGCUCUCAACUGUUGUUUGCUCCCGGUGGCCACAAGUUCCCCAGGACGAUCUUCCCCCGGGGAAAGCGGGGGGCGCGGGGCUGGAAACACCCCGGAGCAGCGGGGCCACAGCUUUGGUUGGGGUGGCAGUGCCGGGGCCGGGGCUCGCGGCGAACACGCGGUGCCGGCGGCCAGCAGCCCCUGCCCUCCUCGCCCCGGGCGGCGGUGGGCAACGAUUCUUGGCUUCUGGCUGCAGAACGGCUACUCGCGAGUCUUUAGUCCAUGAGUUAUUAUUAUUAUUAUUUGUCAUACUGUUUCACUGUGUUUAAUGUGUUCGAAUGGGGAAAAAUUUUUUUAAAGAAAUGUUUAGUUUUUAGGUGAUCUUUAGACACUGUAUGGAAUUUUAAUUUGUUUUAAAAACAGGUUUUUAUCUUUUAUUUUUUCCUUUUUUUGUCUGUUGGCUUAUACUAAUCUUCAUGGUCUGCUCUUCAGUCCUUUGGAUUAAAGACACUUAACGCGUCA